AUGUCAAUGCCUAUCAGCGGCAGCGAAGCGGCACGGCUCUUCGACAUCCCAGGCGAGAUACUUCAGAUGAUCUUUCGGGAAGCCUUCAAGAACCUGCGGCUGGACUGCAAGUACCGGCCCUCCACUCGCAUGGUCAUGGUGGCAUAUCCGUCGUGUUUGCGGGUUUCGAAGAAGUAUUUCGCAGAGGCCAGGAUCCCAUUGCUGCGCGAGGCGACCAUCGAUCUGCAUGACGAUAUCAUUCCUGGACUCAGCAUCGCUUCCCGGUCACAGAAAUCUCCAGUUCGCUCAUCACACUUUUCGCCAGAUUUUGCCUUGAUCCAACAUCUUCGGGCCACUAUCAUGCCGAGCUAUUUGGACACGGCUGCAUGGCGGUAUGCGAUGCGUGCUACACCGCGACUGCGAGCCUUGACCCUAUUCUAUGAAUUCGCAAUUCAGUUACUUCGCGGACCUGAAUGGUCAACCGUGAAGCUCACUGAUUACGGCCGGACCAUCAUCAAGAACGAAAUGCAAGAAUCUAUAUGCCGCUGGCUCAAGAUUGCGCCUUGGAACGAUCUGAUUCAGCAGUGUUUCGAACGGCACGAGGACCUCGAGUUCUUUAUAGAGCGGAAAGUGAUCGGCCACCACCACACAGAGGACAAGCAUGGGUACCGACACUUUCACAUUUCGACAGCCAUUCUCAGCACACGUACCUGGGAGUUGGAGGUCAUGCCAGGCAAAGACAAUCAUCUCUCGGAUAAGUCGGUCCCGGAAUUUACGGUGCGACUGGAUCCAGCGGUCGCGAAGAAAUGGGUCGAAAAGUUUGGUCGCUGA